AUGUAUUUUCGUUCGUUGCUCGGCCUCGCUGCGGCUGCCUCUGCUGUCGUCGUUGCUGCUCAACAGGAUGCUCCGCCACGUCUUGAGCUCGACUGGGCCCUGACACCUGACAAGACCGCGGAUUGGUACAAGGAUCACAAGAAGCCGGUACCCGAGUUUGCACCUGAGAUUACGGUUGUUGAAGAGAAGAAUAGCUAUGUUGUCAAGCUUGAUUGCUCGGAUUGUCCUUUCCUGGUUAAGAAGAGCUUUGUUGAGUCUUCAUGGCAGAAGCAGGAGAAUUCAUUGCUCUUGAAGUUCGACGUGAAAGACGCCCUAUCUCAACCCAGCCCCAUUCCAACAUUACACAUCAAUGGCUUUCCAGUCUUGCCGCUUGGCGCAAUGCCUCUCUACAUCAAUGCCCACCAAGUCGCCGCCAACCUCACCCAAGAGACUAUGAACAACAUGGUUCGUGAACGUUUGCUUGACCCUGACUUUGGCUGGCAGACAAAGUACCACAAAUUCCCACUCCAGUACGAGCACGUGCUUCUUCGUACCGAAACUCCAGGACAGUGGUGGAUGCAGUUCGACGUCACGGGUCUUCAGUAUGGGGCAGAUGGAGAGCCAGUGCACUUUGGGGAGAACCACAAGCUCGUGCAGAUUUUGGUCAAGCACGUCAAGAGCACGGAGGACUCGGACGAGAAGCUCUCAAUCGAGGACAUCCAGGUGGUGGAAACAGCGCAGCGCGUGCAAGCCAUUCGGAUGAAGUGCGGAAAGUUGGCUAUGGUGAAAACAUUGUUUGAUCCCAACGAGUGGGACGAGUACGGCAAGCUAGGCUCCUGGUCGAGAGAGUGGAACAUGGUGUUCGGAAAGAUUGGACAGUACUGGGAGGACCACAUCCAGCACAACGCUCUCCUGAUGCCCGUGGCCUUGCUACUAGCGUUUUUCAUCUUCUUCGUCCGCGUCUGGUACCAGAAGAGACAGCAGGAGAAGACAAUGGACGCGGAGUACGCUUUGCUGGAGUCUGCACACGAUGACCUACCUCCAGCAUACUCUGACAUUCCGAUCAUCAAGAUCGAAGAGUACGAUUGA